AACUGAUAAAAUGUCAGUGCCAACAAUUUUGGCCAACACCAUUUCCUUUUUACAUCUUUUUCCGCUCGAAACUUUAACAUCUUGGCAUUAAUCGUAACUCUAAAGUGUAGGGUUAACAUAAGUUGGUCUUUCAAGACAGAGCGGUAUUAAUCAGAAUUUAGAGGACAAAGAAAUUUAUUUCAAAAUUUUUCUGGCAUCGAGAAUUCCGGAUAUAUUUUUUUGGACAGUGAUGCCGAAAAUGUUUGAGCGGGUGUAAUUUAUUUAUUUAAUACUUUGUAAAAUAAUUGCAUAAAAAUGACUGCACCACAUUCUAAAAAGCGUGUUUGUUACUACUAUGAUGGAGAUAUUGGUAAUUAUUACUAUGGCCAAGGACAUCCUAUGAAACCUCAUAGAAUACGUAUGACUCAUAACCUAAUUCUUAAUUAUGGACUGUACAGGAAGAUGGAGAUAUAUAGACCUCACAAGGCAACACAAGAAGAAAUGACUAAAUACCAUAGUGAUGAUUAUGUCCGUUUCUUGCGUAGUAUCAGGCCGGACAAUAUGGGUGAAUAUAACAAACAAAUGCAAAGAUUCAAUGUCGGAGAAGAUUGUCCAGUGUUUGAUGGACUUUAUGAAUUUUGCCAACUUUCUACAGGUGGAUCUGUUGCUGGUGCUGUUAAAUUAAAUAAGCAAGCAGCAGAAAUUGCAGUUAAUUGGGCUGGAGGACUCCAUCAUGCUAAAAAGUCUGAAGCUUCAGGUUUUUGUUACGUAAAUGACAUCGUGCUUGCAAUUUUGGAACUUCUCAAAUAUCACCAGAGAGUCCUUUACAUUGAUAUUGACAUUCAUCAUGGAGAUGGUGUUGAAGAGGCUUUCUAUACAACAGAUAGAGUCAUGACCUGUUCAUUUCAUAAGUAUGGAGAAUAUUUUCCUGGAACUGGAGAUUUAAGAGAUAUUGGUGCAGGCAAAGGCAAAUAUUAUGCUGUGAAUUUCCCUCUUAGAGAUGGAAUUGAUGAUGAAUCUUACGAGCAAGGAAUUUUUCAACCUCUGAUAUCGAAAGUGAUGGAGAUGUAUCAACCGAGUGCUAUUGUCUUACAAUGUGGUGCUGACUCUUUGUCAGGCGAUAGACUUGGUUGUUUCAAUUUGACAUUGAAGGGUCACGGCAAAUGUGUUGAAUUUGUGAAGAAAUAUAACCUUCCUCUUUUGCUUCUGGGAGGUGGAGGAUAUACAAUCAGAAAUGUUGCUCGGUGCUGGACACAUGAAACAUCCGUUGCUUUAAAUACGGAUGUUGCUAAUGAAUUACCGUACAAUGACUAUUUUGAAUAUUUUGGACCUGAUUUUAAAUUACACAUUAGCCCUUCAAACAUGGCUAAUCAGAACACUCCUGAAUAUCUGGAAAAAAUAAGAACCCGAUUGUUUGAAAACUUGAGAAUGCUUCCACAUGCACCUGGAGUACAGAUGCAGCCUAUUCCUGAAGAUGCCAUUGACAAUGAAAGUGAGGAUGAAGACAAAGAAAAUCCUGAUGAACGCAUUAGCAUUCGUGCUUCCGAAAAGAGAAUAGCGUGCGAUGAGGAGUUUUCAGAUAGUGAAGAUGAAGGGGACGGGCGUCGGGAUGUGCGCUCUCAUCGGCCAAAGAAAAAGCACAAGAAUGAAGAUACUGAUUCUAAGAAAGAAACUGACAUAAAAGCUGAAAAAGAAGACCGUAAACCAGAUCCUGCUAGUGCUGAUGGCAAAGGGACUUCUGCCUGAUGAGGAUUAUUAAAGUGAAUCAUAUACCUUUCUUUGUGGAUCCAUUUUUGUAUUCUCAACUUCAAGUUGUCUUAAUCUACAUUCACGAGUAUCAGAAGUUAGUCCGAAAUUUGGCACUUUUUUUUAAGUUCAUUCUUGGAACUGGAGAAGUGAUGUGUAUUCGGAAAUACGAUUAUAUUUGCAUCAGUUAACAGUUUGUAAAUAUUUCAUCAUAACUGCAUUCAUGAGAUGUGAAAAUGACUUUUGUUAGAGAUUCCAUAAGAAUUAAUCAUAUUCAACAUGGCAUUACAGUUUUUAAUCUUUGGCGUCAUUAUGUAAAUAAAUUAUUCUCACUUUUUUUCAGUUUAGAUUUUACAACAGGCUUAUUUCAAAGUUGCUCAUAUUUUUACGGUUCUUAAUAUGUAAUUAAAUGGAGACAAAAAAGUUUCUCUUUAAAAAGAAAAAAAAACUAUGUAUUGAUUUUGGGGGCACCUUAAUGAUUGCAAAAUAUGAAACAGUGAUGUUAAUUGUAGUGAAACCUAAACAUUUUCCCUCUUCCCCAUUGCAUUCAUAUUUCAGUUUGUUUUAACUUCUGCUACUUGUGCAUUCAUUUUUUUGUAACAUUGGAAUUGGACUGCAAUUUUUAUCUCAAAAUAAAAUUACUUUUAUCAUA